AUGCAUAUCACUAUCGUGAGAACAGACCCCGCCAGCUCCACCGCUAACGCAGUUAUUCCAGCAGUCAUCACCGUUGUUGUCUUGUUCCUGGUCAUCGUUGUCGUUGGAGUCAUCUGCUACAAAAGAAGACCCCUAUUCAAAUCAGCAAAUCGGCAUACAGAACAUCACUCGGCACAUGUUCUCAAUCCAGCUUUUACUGCCCCUGAUGUCGAUAAAAAUGACUAUACAGGACUUUUAAAGCCCGGAGAGAGUGCUUCAAAUAAAGUGCCUGUAUCUUCAGCAGAAAAUCAACAAUCACACCAAUAUACAGAAUUACCUUCCUCCUUGCAACCUUCUAAAGAAGGUGAGAACUGUAUUUAUAACGAAGUGGACGAACAGGACUACAAUGUCUUGUUCGGGGGUAAAGAACAGGGUGAUUACCAUGAGUACAACAUUCCAAAAACUACACAGACAGCAAGGAAUACCACUUACCAGGACCUUUUGAAAGAUAGAAUAUCAGGCAUAGCCACCUCCCUCUCAGGUAACGUGUUAAACGGUGUUGGACAUAAGUCUGAAGAAGACAAAGAGAGUCUUACAGAAGCUGACAGCAACCGGUAUGAAGAUUUACGUCAGGGAAGUUCCGAUUACACCUCCCUCAUCCGCGAAGGUACACCUACGAGUCCUGUUUCUAAGAAUUCCUCUCCGACAGUGAACCAAAUUUCACAAGAACAGGACAAAGAUUACUCUGAACUACGUCCUGUAUUAUCGCCUGUAAACAAGGACAACGGGGGCAUCUACAAUGAAGUAGGAGAACAAGACUAUAAUACGCUGUUUGGAGGCAAAGAACAUGGUGACUACCACGAGUACAACCUACCGAAGCAUGCAGAGAAAACACCAAAUGCAGCUUACCAAGAUCUCCUAACAUCUGGAAUGCAGGGAGGAGUUUCCAAUCCUAAGUCAGUGGACUUUCACGGUCAAACUAAAGAUAGGGUUCGGACUGAAACAGACAAUGAAGGCUAUCAGGAUUUGCGGAAGGAUGAUAACAGUUACACUUUCAUUCAUCUUAGCUCCGAUACACCUUCGAAAUCUAAGCAAAGUACAUCAGUUGCAGAAAUGGAUAGCGGUUAUCAGGCUCUGCAGACAAGCAAUCCGGAGUAUGCAUGCCUUGAGCAAAAUGUGGAUGACCAAUCUUCAACAGAUCCAAAGCCAGGGUCUGUCGAGAACCACGAGUACCAGACUCUAGAGAAAUUACCAAGUACCUCUGAUUAUACUCCCUAUCGUAGUGAUGACACCAGCCCUGAAUACGAAGUCUUAGAGCAAGCUGAUGUUAGCGAAUCAACUGAGCGUAUUAAUGAAAGAGAUAAUGGCCAGGAAUAUUCAUAUGAAUCCCUGCAACGUGGCCAAGAGAAUCCUGGUGCAAAGAAAGGGGCGGCAGCUGAUUAUGAAGAUCCAAUACAGGUUAUUCCAGAAAAGCCAUACGACAAUCUCCAACGAAAGCAAUGGUCGAAGCCGUUACAUCCGCACCCAAUGGUGGAAAAUGUCAAUGAUAACAGUGAUUAUGAAGACCCUCGCCCUGCUAUUGAGGAUUCAGCUGACGCCUAUCAGACCUUGGAGAGUCUCGGAUCGCAAGGGCACGUUCAGACCAAUGAAGAUAGCGACUAUUCGCAUCUCCAAAGGAACCCCAGAGAAACGACCUCCAAAGACUUCAUCAGUGCUAUGGAUUCGAGCAAUCCGUAUGGGACACUGAACGAUAAAUCCUAAGAAGUGAAUUAGAAAGAACAUCGAAUAAUGAAACCGACAUUCUAUCAUGUCUGUGGAAGACAAAAGAAAGUAGAGACCACACAAAGUAGUGGAUUUUUUCAGGUUGUCUUCGUCAGUUCGUCAGAAAGACUACAGUCUCAAUCGCAUAUCUCCAGUGAUGCUAUGACUAGCAAGUCACAAACCGUUUUCUGUAAAGAACAGCAGAAAGCGUUUGAUAAUCGCAAACUAUAACCUGAAACAGUAAGGGAUUUAGUGAACCUUAAAGGAGUCAACGAAAUAAUGAUUAAUAAUAAAAUGUACUUAAAGUUCAAGUUA